AUGUAUGGUGCUCCUUUGACGGAGCUUCAACUUAGACGUCAACGACCAUGCCAGGAAUCAAGAACUCAGGAACCACUGGUGAUUGAGGAAGAAGUUGGGACUUCCGCUCACCUCAAACUUCGCUUUAAUCUUCCCGGAUUUAUUGAGGAUUCCCAAGAAAACUGGCUUUUUCAGUGGAGAUUUUUCAUUAACCAUUGUUAUGAGGAUGACUUCCUUGACUCUGAAUUUGCUGUCCGAAGAAUGAUUGAGAUAACCCAAACGGGCUGUGAUUUGGUGGGCACAUUGAAGAUAAUUCCACAAGUAGAACUAUCAGCAAUAUUUACGCCAACUAGAUCCUUCAGGAUAUCAGCCUUUCUUUGCAUCAUCUCCAAAGCUGGUGGAGCGUGGCAAUUCCCGAUAAUUUUAAAGGCACAUCAAUCCACAAAGUUGGAACAACGUUUGCAAUUUACGACCUCAGAUCCUCAAUCACCCGAUUUCAGAAAAUUACACUUGGAUAGUCGAGAAUUAAAACCCACCAAAUUCAAGGCUUUCUUUGAGGUACUAAAAGGUGGAGAAUUCGUUCUUGAUGCUACUGAAGGCAUUCUUCCAGCACAUGGUUCUGGUUAUUUCACUUUAACUAUUAGGUUUUUAAAAAGAAGAGGAGGCAUACCGUUAACAGAGCGACUUGUUAUUCAGGUAAAUGAUUAA